AUUGGAGAGAAGAGGCACACUGUGUGGAUCGGGCUGCAUAUAAAAAGAGUGUGAGGCGGUGGGUUCCUCUGGGCGACACUCGGAGGAAAUUCUACACAGUCUAAAGAACACCAGUGAACGAAGCAAGCAUCCACCAAACCUCCAGCCCUCCAAGAUGAGAGUGGUCCUGUUGGCCAGCGGCGUCCUCUGCCUGUUAGCAGGACAGGUUCUCUCCAUCUGCAGUCCUGUGGACUACACGCUGUACGUGGAGAAACCAGAGUGUGACUUCUGCGUGGCCAUCAACACCACCAUCUGCAUGGGCUUCUGCUAUUCCCUGGACCCCAAUGUGGUGGGCCCAGCGGUGAAGCGCCUGGUGGUCCAGCGGGGGUGCACGUACCAGGCGGUGGAGUACCGGACGGCGGAGCUCCCGGGGUGCCCCCCGCACGUGGACCCCCGCUUCUCGUACCCCGUGGCCCUCCACUGCACCUGCCGGGCCUGCGAUCCGGCGCGGGACGAGUGCACGCACAGGGCCAGCGCCGACGGGGACCGCUGCUCCAAGCCCCUCCUCCUGCACAUGCACGCCUACCCGGGACAGAGCAACUACAUCCAGACCCUCUGAGACCCACGGGCCUGGAGCUCAGACCCUCCUGCUGGGCCGGCUGGUCCUGUUUAACCUCCCCCUCCUCCCUCCUGCAGCCCGGCUGGUCCUGUUUAACCUCCUCUUCCUCCCACCGGCCAGCCCGGCUGGUCCUGUUUAACCUUACCCUCCUCCCUGCUGCUGGACCCGCUUAACCUCCUCUUCCUCCGUCCUGCUGGUCCUGUGUAACCUCCCCCUCCUCCCUGUCCUGCUUAACCUCCUCUUCCUCUGGGCAGUCAGCUACCUGUAAUUGUUGUGCUAGUUGGUAAGGCAAUGCAAGUUCAUUUGUAUAGCAAAUUUAAUUCAAAAUGCAAUUCAGUGCAAGUUCAAUUCAAGUGCUUUACAUAAGACAUUAUAAUAAAAGAACAGAAAAAACUGGCAUAAAAAGCUAAAUAUUACUUUGCAUAAACUUGAUCUAUGUGCAUAGGGGUACAAAUAUGUUUUUUAUUCAUUUGUUUCUAAAUAAAAUGUCUAUUUGGCUACAAA